UUGGGGUUCUCCCGAGGGAAUGGGCCACCACACGGGCUCCCCCGGAGCGCCCAGGAGUUUGCGGCGAGUGUGCCCGAGGGGUAGCCGCGGGUCCAAGGUGAGGCGGCGGGACAGCAGCAUGGAGGGUGAGCAGGGCACCCCCGCCCCCUCCAGCUCCAACUCCACCUCCGUCACCACGACAACCAACAACAACAAUAACAACAACAACAGCAGCAGCCACCACAACCACAACAACCACAACCACGCCAACAACACUAGCAGUAGCAGCACUAGCACUAGCAGCAAUGCUAACGCUAAUGCUAACGGCACCACCAGUGCCACCGGCGCAUCCAGCACAAGCGGCACCAGUACCACCACCACCACCGCUGCCACGGCCAGCAGCAGUGCCAACGGAGGUGCCAACGGGGGUGCCAACAGCAACUCCACCAGCACCAGCACCAGUAGCAGCAGCAACAGCGGUGGCCGGCAAACCCUCCCACAGAUCUCCGUUUACAGUGGCAUUCCCGACAGGCAGACGGUCCAGGUGAUCCAGCAGGCGCUGCACAGGCAGCCCAGUACGGCAGCCCAGUACCUGCAGCAGAUGUACGCAGCUCAGCAGCAGCACCUCAUGCUGCAGACGGCCGCCCUACAGCAACAGCACCUCAGCACCGCACAGCUGCAGAGCCUGGCCGCAGCCACACACACACACGCCAGUAUUGCUGCCGGGAGGCAGGGCACCUCUUCCCCACAGACAGGAUCCUCUCAGGCUACGAUUAACCUGACCACCUCUCCGGCAGCUGCUCAGCUCAUCAGUCGGGCCCAGAGUGUGAGCUCGCCGGCGGCGGGCAUAUCCCAGCAGGCCGUGCUGCUCGGCAACCCCAGCAGCCCCACCACCCUCACCGCCAGCCAGGCGCAGAUGUACCUGCGCGCCCAGAUGGCUCAGCAAAGUAACCUUGUGCAAGUAGCUAGGAGCCUAGGACGUGCUGUUCCUUUGUCCCCUCAGCUCAUCUUCACCCCCACGGCCACCGUCACCGCCCUGCAGACCGACGCCGCGGCCCAGUCCGCCUCCGCACAGGUGCAGAACCUUGCCAUCCGUAGCCAGCAGGGGGCUCCAUCCUCCUCUUCCUCGUCCUCCUCCUCUUCUACCUCCUCUACUUUCACUACCACCUCCUCCUCUUCCUCCUCCUCCUCCUCCUCCACCCUGACCCAAACGCAGGCACUGCAGGCUCUGAGUCUUAAGCAGACGCCCAUCUCCAUCCAGCCGGCAGCCCUGAUCAAGACGCCCACCCCCGGCAUCAAGCCGGCCCCGGCCCUAGCCCCUGCUCCCGCCUCCAGCGAGGCCAACCACCAAUCGGAAGGCGUGAAGAAGAGCGAAGGCGCCAUGGUUACGGAGGCCCGGGCCGUGAACAUGAGUCGGAACGUGGGCAGCGUGGGAGCACACCCCCUCAUCGCCCCUGCCUACGCCCACAUCCAGCCUCACUCCCUGGUCAAGCAGCAACCCCAGCAGUUUGUCAUCCAGCAGCAGUCAACUCCGGCCCUCCAGAGAACGGCCACCGCGUCCACUGCCACCGUCACCACCGGCGCCGGCACCACCACCAUGGCCACCCAGCUCCACCUCCAGACGGCCUCCAUCCAGCCCCACACCCUCCACGCCGCCCAGCCCCUCACCCUCACCACCACCCACGCCUCCUCCACAGCAGCGCCACCAGGCCCAGGCCCGGGCCCGGUACCCGUGCUGCCCAAACUCGCACCCUCCUCCUCCUCCUCCUCCCAGACUCCGAACCAGCACCACCAUCACCCACCCCUCCACACCAGCCACCAUCAGCACCACCCCCACCACCACCACCACCACCCUCCAGCUCCCACGCAGCAGGCCACUAUCUUCCACUCCACCACUGUGAGUCCCCACGCCCUCGGCCACCACCACCACCACCAACACCACCAUCACCAUCACCACCAGGGCCACACGGCGCACAUCCAUGCACACGCCACUCACGCCGCGCUCAGCCAGGCCAAGUCCCUUCAGCCUGUCCAGCUCACUGCCAUCAACCUGCAGAUACACCCCACCCCCAACCAGGCGUCGCGGCUGGCCCCAGAGUGUAAGGAUAAGCCCACGUCGCUGGUGGUUCGGGAGAGCUGCCCUCCGCACAGCUCCCAGCAGCCCGCCUCCGCCUCCCCCCAGGGGGCCAAGCCUGCCGAGCUCAGCCAGCCCAAGACGCCCACGCCCACCCCCACGCCCACCCCUGCCACCGCCACCACCACCACCACCCCAACUGCAACCGCCACCGCCACCACACAGCAACCGCAGACACAAGCAGGAAGCCCGGUGAGGGUGAACAACAACACCUCGCCAGAGACGCCCCCUCCAGCCAUGACUUCAGGAAACGACUGCGAAGCCCCCUCCGUGGUGGUUGGCAGCACCGCGCAACAGAACGGGGAGAACAAGCCGCCUCAAGCCAUCGUCAAGCCGCAAGUCCUCACGCACAUCAUCGAGGGCUUCGUCAUUCAGGAAGGCGCCGAGCCGUUCCCGAUGGAGAGACCGCCCAUCCAGAACGACAGCCCAAAGAAGCCAGACCAGCAGCUGCCGUCCGACUCUGAGAGGUCCCCGGCCCACAACCUGGCCAACAACACUGACUCAGAGCCAGAGGAUGCUAACCAACAAGAUAUGAAGGAUCCGGAUGAAGAACCUAAGCUGACCUGUGAGUUCUGUGGCUGGGUGGACUUCGCCUACAAGUUCAAAGGCACCAAGCGCUUCUGCUCCAUGGUGUGCGCCAAGAGGUAUAACGUGGGCUGCACCAAGCGGAUUGGCCUGUUCCACCCAGACCGCACCAAGACAAGCAGCCGCUGGAGACGCAGACCCCACAGGGGACGACCCAGUUCAGACGCUAAGAAGCAGAAACUGUCCAGCCCUCAGCAGCAGCAGCAGCAGCUGACCGGGAGCGGCUCCAUCUCCUCCCCCAUGCCUUCCCAGCCCAGCCAGGGCGAGUCCAGCCCCUGCUCCGACAUGUCCAGCUUCGAGGAGCCCCCCUCCCCCUUAUCCGUGGCCAGCUCAGGGCCCCCGGUGCCCAGCCAGAACGAUCACGUGAGGAGCCCAAUGGUCAUGGACCAGGAGGAGGAUGAGGAGGACGUGAGGGGGGUCGGUGGUGGUGGUGGUGGAGGUGGAGGUGGUGGACGGGAACUGGCCAUGCUGCCACAGCACUUCCUGCCCUGCGAUCCCACCAAGUGGAACGUGGAGGAGGUCUACGAGUUCAUCCGCUCGCUGCCAGGCUGCCAGGAGAUUGCGGACGAGUUUCGCUCUCAGGAGAUCGACGGGCAGGCCAUGCUGCUGCUGAAGGAGGACCACCUCAUGAGUGCCAUGAACAUUAAACUGGGACCCGCACUCAAGAUCUACGCACGCAUCAGCAUGCUCAAGGACUCAUAGCAUAGCAUAGCACCUCCCCCCACCCCACAAGCCACAAGCCACAAGCUCUUCUGCGUGUGUGUGUGUGUGUGUGUGUGUACGCGCGCUCGUGCUCGUGUGUUGCUCGCUGUGUCUCUGUACUGAAUCUGUGUUGGUAGGACCGAGAGAGAGAGAGAGAGAGAGAGAGAGAGAGAGAGCAAGAGAGAGAGGGGGAGGGAGGGAAUGAGAUGUAUGCACAUUGGUGUGUUUGUGUUUGUAUAAAUCUGUUUGCUUGUUUGUAUGUGUGCCAGGGUGUGUGUCCAUACCAAUUUGUAUGGACUGUCUGUGCCAGUGUGUGUGUGUGUGUGUGUGUGUGUACAGUAUGCGUCUGCAUGUGUGUGGGCUGGAGACUCCUGACGGAAAACCUCCCGUGAGCUGGCAGAGAAAGGAGGAGGAGGAGAGGAGGAGGAGGAAGAGGAGAGGAGGAGGAGGAGAGGAGGUGGAGGACAGGCCUUGGCACUUCGGAGGAACACAACUGCACUAUGACUUUCUCUCCUCCCUCCAACCCUUCCUCCAUCCCUCCAUCUCUCCACCGUUCUCCUUGGAGAGAAUUAUUACCCAUGAGUCUCGGCUGACGGGACACGACUCCCCCCAUCCGGUCUUGAGAAGAACCUCCUCCAGAACGACAACACUUGAACAACUGCCCAUUUUAAAAUACACAUUUAAAAAAAAUGUAUUUUUUUGUUUUUUUUUAAUCAGCUUGUGAAGACUGACACAGUAAGGGCUGUCAUCAGAUACAGAGAAUGGAGACACUUGCUGUGCCUUGAACUGUCCUCCUGUGACCUGAUUGGAUGUUUAGGGGUUGUGGGGAUCAUUGACAUAGACGUUUUUUUGGGCUCAGACGUCAGGUGGUGCAACAGCAUCUAAUGGCCAUAAAUUAAUUAGUAAUUGGUGGUUGAUAUGCUGCAAUGAAUAUGCUUCUUAGAUAGUCCACUAAAAACAAACAAACAAACAAACAACUAAUAGCACUCAGAGAGCGCAGACCUCCGCCAAAGAAGCUGCUUAGUAGAACAUUUGACUAUGUUACAACCUAAGUCUUUCUGCCUUAUUUUUUGUGGAGUCCCCGCAAUUAAAUUUCUGGUCACUAGGGGCGUCUAGAUAUAUAGGCCAGCAAUGGUGAAGAAUCUUUUAAAAAGUCCUGCUUCCGGUUCGUGACCCGGAUCACCACCAGAAUUUGAUCACUUGUUCAUUGGGUCAUUACUAACAACUCCACGGUUUCGUCCAAAUCAGUGGAUAAGUUUAGAAAACAUUACCUCCUUGGCGGAGGUAAAAUCCAUACAAUAGUGGCACUGGUUGUUGUUGCGCUGCAUAUCUGUCUGCAUGUCUGUCUACGGUGGGAAUACGGGAUACUACUGUGGUUUUGGAUGCAACUAAGGAGCAGGAAGGAGGGGGGAGAGUGUUAUGUUGAACACAACGUCCUCUGCAGCCAUGAAAUGUUAGGAUGACUGAUCUGAAAAAAAGUUGAUUUGUUUCGUUGAUAUUCAGUGCUUUUGUAAUAUGAAUAAAUUAUUUGUGUGUGUGUGUGUGUGUGUGUGUGUGUUGUGUACUCUGUCUGUGUACUGAAUCUGUGUGUGUGUGUGUGUGUGUGUGUGUGUGUGUGUGUGUGUGUGUGUGUGUGUGUGUGUGUGUGUGUGUUGUGUACUCUGUGUACUGAAUCUGUGUUGGUGUGUGUGUGUGUGUGUGUGUGCGUGUGUGUGAAAGAGAGAGCAAGUGAGUGAGACAGAGACAGAGAGAUGGUAAGGCAAGAAGGAGUAUUUUUUUUUAAAGAGUUCGGUGCUACCUAAUUGUUUUUUGGAUAGUGCUGCUUACUUGAUGCACACCUGCCCUGCUCCCCAUCCGUGGACGUGUGGCUUGCUUCAUUCCAGGCCUCCAGAGGAAAAAGGCAAACACACAUUCCUGGCAGAAACGGUUUCAAACCACAUGCCAUGCAGGCAACCAAAAGCAUGUGGUGGUCUCCUUGUAUUUGGCUUGGCUAGGUGGCGUUUUGUUUUCGCCACCCUCUCUCCUAUCAUUUCUUGUACUGAAUGUGCACUUACUUAACGACGCACAAAAACGACUCUCCCUCCCACAUGCUCAUUACUGCAUACCUGACCAUCUGAAUGGGAUGAGUUAUGAGCAGAGAGAGUGAGAAAGGAUCUCUGUCCACUUCAAAGUUUAUUUUGACUUUUUGUCUUUUUUGUCUCCUCUUCUUUUGUGCUUUCCUCACUUUCCACACUCACUGAUACACUCGUGUGAUCUGACAGUGGGGAUCUACAGAGGGAUUUCUGGUAACACUUUACUUGACGCCGGCGUCAUACGUAUGACAUAACGGUGUCAUAACAUUGUCAUAAUGCAGUCAUGCAUGUGUCAUAAACAUUAUGUCAAUGUCAUAAACAUUGCAUGACUUUGUCUUUAAGUGACCUGUCUAAAGGUCUAACAAUGUCAAAUUUUCAUGGUCAUUAAACGUUUAUGACAUUGGCAUUGUGUUUAUGACUCGUUCGUGACACUGUUAUGUCAUACGUAUGACACUGGCGUCAAGUAAAGUGUUACCGGAUUUUAUUUAGAAGUCGGCUUUCAGGGACAAGCCAAGGAGAUGAGAACUGCAGCAGCAGUAGCAAAGUUGCUCCAUAGCCGGUUACAGUAUUCCCAGACUCUGAAUCACUCACUCAGCCUCCCAAACACACUCCUAUAGGUCAGAGCUGAAGACAAAUUAGCCCCUUCAGCCACAGGAGAAGCCAUUAGGUAGGUGUGUGUGUGUGUGGUGAUGGUGGUGGUGGGCGACGUGCCUUCUGUGGUGUGGCCUGAUCUGUUUUGCUUGAAGUUUCAUCAGAGGAAUGUGUUUGAGUACAAUGUACAGAUCACGCAUCUCUCCUCCUGAGAAAGCUCAACUGCUUGAGGCAUUCAAAGUACAUGAGAGAGAAUGUGUGCAUUUAUAUGUGUAUGUUUGUCCUCAUAACUACUUUUCUUUUUGUUUAUUUGAAUUGUUUUAUGUGCACAGUCAUUUCCCCUAUUUGGUAUGCUGUUUUGAUGUCCAAACUUGUAUGUGAGUAGAUAAACUUGUGAUUAUGUAGAAAAUAAUGUCUUUUGUUGGGUAUGAUGCUUUGUGAAUUGCUGAUAUUUAUCAAACUGAAUUUGUAAUAUAACUUUUUCAUUGAAACAGUAA